ACCAAAUUGAUAUACUAGUAUUUAGUUAACCUCUGAAAACGUAUAAGUCCUGCUGGUAUGCGUUUGAUCCUUUUUAUCGUUUCCAAAGAACAUACAAAACUGGAAACACCACGGAAGAACGAGCAUAAUUUACACUCGAAGCGUCGUGAACUCUUCAAUAUUACUCGUUUGAUAGUUAUGGAUCGACUUAUAUUCCAUCUUUUAAUAGGACAAUAUGAAAGAUCUUCCAUUUAAGCUUUCUUAACAAUUCUUGUUUGAUAAACAUUAGAUCUGUUUCCAAGCUUCUAAAACAACAUUAAAUCAAACACCAUCAUGGAUACAAAAUCACUAGCAAAAUCAAAGAGAGCACAUACACAGCAUCAUAAGAAGCAUCAUCAUAAUCAAAAGGCAAAAGCUACCACCACCUCUACAGGAGCUUCUAUCACACUCAAGCCACCAGGGAAUGUAGUUAAAGAACAACCCCGCCAAUCUCAUUUCUCACCUUCACUCCCCUCUAAUUGGGACCGAUAUGAAGAUGAAGAUGAUCCCAUGACCAAAAGUCAAAUACAUGGUCAAUCUAGUCAACAAAGUGAUAUAGUUUUACCUAAAAGUAAAGGUGCAGACUAUGCUUACUUGAUUUCUGAAGCUAAAUCCCAGAAUUCAACAAGGUUUUCUUCAGAAAUCUUUCCAUCUUUUGAUGAUUUUGUUUCUGAUUUUGAUCAGGGGAAAGACUCCUUUCUUGGUGUAAGAGGAGAAAGCUUGCUAUCAACAAUUCAAAAUGAUAGUUUCUUUGUGGAUGAUAAGACACCUGCAAACUACGAGGCUUCAUUUCUAUCACUCAAUUUGCAUGCUCUUUCGAAACAGCUUGCAAAAAUAGAUUUACCAAAAAGGCUUUUUAUGGAACCCGAUUUAUUCCCUCAAGAUAUGUAUUCUGAAAGAGAACAGGAACUGGAACCGGAACCGGAACCAUCCAAACCCACCACGAGCCACAAUGGUGUGAACCCAAUGGUGGACCCCACACCAAACCCAAGUGAGAUUCAAUCAAAAUUUGAACCGAAAACAGCUGAACUUGAACUCGAUAUGUUGUUGGAUUCUUUUGUGCAUGCUAAUUUGAAGGAAAAGAAAGAAAAAUCAAGGAAAGAAGAAAGUGUAGCAUUUGAUAUUGAUGACCUACUUAAGGAAACGUCUACUCCGGUUGAAAUUGGAAUUUUAUCGGAGACUUCCGGAAUUGUGUCCAAUCCCAAAUCUGAACUGCUUGAUGAUUUUGAUUCAUGGUUGGAUACAAUUUGAUUGUUUUUAUUUUUAUAGAAAAAAAUAUGUAGAAUAUGAAGAAAUAACCAUGGGUGUUGCAUUUGGAUGAGUUAUCUGUCAUUAUGUGAUUUUGGUUUGUUUUUAAAUCGGGAAAAACGGACCUUGGAUUUGAAUCUGCAUGGAACUUCGUAUUGUGUUUGUUACAUGAGACAUAAAGGUCAUUAAUAAUGAGGAUGACUGGAUGAGAAGGAAAGUGUAAUUUAGUGGUAUUAAACUGUUUUAGUCUCUAAUGAAUGUCAAAUGCACCUUAUUUGUCUUAUGCUUAACAAAAAUGUGCAGAGAAGGGUUG